AUGAACGUUAUGCUGAGUUCUUCUGGACUCUGCUCCCAAAGCGGUCUACGACUCUUCUUCAAACAUGGCUGUACACGCCUCGCUUCGUUCCCACCACAUACACCACCAACAGAACAAUAUGGCAAGGGGGCCAGUCUCUUCUCCGCCUACCCAUCCAAGAGGCAGAUCAAACCGUUCUCAUUAAAGAGAGGGCCCAUGCUCUACAGACAGUCCCUCUCUCGACCAUCACAAUCUUCCAACAAAAGCCCAUCCUCCCCGACCGAGAAGGCCGUGGAUGCUGCUGCUGCUGCUGGAGCUAAGAAGCCAACGUCGCCCGAGAAGGACGAUGGCUCGAACCCUUCUGAACGCACAGAAUACUCCAUCAACACGAUGGACGAUCUAGCGACUGAAGUCCACAAAAUUUCUCAAGAGAUCCGGCUCAGGUCCGUCAACGAGCUCCGCGAAGUCCUAUCAGACCGAGAAAACACAGCAACCAUCUCCGAGGUGCUCACGGCCGCACAGCUGCAGGCCAGAAUCGACAUCAAAGAUGAACUGACCAAGCUCAAGGAUCGCACCUCCCCUGACCUUCACUGGCGUCUGGAUCAAGUCAUGAGGACCGCAGACAACGUGCACAUUUCCCACAUCCGUCGCAUCCCCAACCUGCCAUUACUUGUUCUGUGGCAUGGUGCAAAGUUCGUCCUCAGACGCCCAAUACUCGCCGCAUUGAUAUUGUUGGUCUUAUUGACCAGCUCUAUGUUUGGGGCCCCAAUCAACUGA